GGAGGCGGAGUCCGCCGCCUUCCCGGCAGCCCUAGCGCCUGGCGAUGCGGAAGGGGCGGGGAAAUGGGCGCGCACGUCCGCUGAGGCGAAGAGACGGCGCUUUCUCGGCGGCGGCUGGUGACCGAAAGAACCCGGGACCGAGGGGUUUGCCAAGAUGCUUUCGGAUUCCUAAAUCACCCUGACGAGACGUUUGGGGAGACCAAGCCGGCCGGCGAGCAGAAGGCGCAGAAGCGAGGAGGAAUCGGGGCCAAUGCAGCAGCAACGAAGGCAGCCAGAGUUAGUGGGAGGAAACCUUCCCGUCUUCCUCUUCCCCACGGAGCUGAUCUUUUAUGCGGACGACCAGUCGACCCACAAACAGGUCCUGACUCUCUAUAACCCCUACGAAUUUGCCUUGAAAUUCAAAGUUCUCUGCACAACCCCAAAUAAAUAUGUCGUGGUUGAUGCGGCGGGCGCGGUGAAGCCUCAAUGUUGCGUUGACAUCGUGAUCCGCCACCGAGACGUCCAACCUUGCCACUAUGGCGUGAUUGACAAGUUUCGGCUCCAGGUCUCCGAGCAGAGCCAGAGGAAAGCGCUGGGGAGGAAAGAGGUCAUCGCCACGCUUCUUCCGGCGGCGAAAGAGCCGAAGGAAGAGGAGGAGGGCAGGAUCACGGAGCACCUGGCAGACAGCGUCUUUUUCGAGCAGGCUUUGUGCCAGCCAGAAAACAGAAUCGCCUCAUCGGGGCCGAGUUUGCUCACCGUGUUCCUCGGAAUCGUCUGCAUUGCGGCUCUCAUGCUUCCCACGCUGGGAGAAGGGGGUUCGCUCGUGCCCCUCCACCUCCACUUAAGUGUGAAUCAAAAGUUAGUAGCAGCUUAUGUAUUAGGUACGCAUUUUUUUGGUCGUUGUUUUGUUUUGGGAUUUGGCGCUGGCCGAGUGGUUGCUGUCGGAGAAAUAAGGGACUGGCCGGAAGUAGCAGGCCGGAAGUAGCGCUGCCGCCAUUUUGGAACUGGGCGGAGCAUGCUCAGAAGCGGGCUUGGGAUGCUGCUUUGCCCAGUUCCAAAAUGGCCACCGCGCCAGAAGUCGCACUGCGGCCAUUGUGGAACUGGGCAGAGCAGCACCAAAAGUCGCUUCUGAGCAUGCUCCGCCCAGUUCCAAAAUGGCCGCCGCACCAGAAUAAACCGGGGGGAAACAAAAAAAAAUCCGUUUUUUCAGCUAGGAACAGCUGGAAAAACAGGGAUUUCCCGGGGAAUACGGGAGACUUGGCAGCUGUGGUAAAUAAAUGGGUUUUUUAAAAAAUACAAACCUAUAGUCGAGUCCCUGCUUGAGGCCCAUGUCAGCAAAUUGCAACCAGGGUGGAUAAAGAUCAAUGUUUUUUUUUUAAAAAAAGAAAGUUUUUAAAAAUCGGAUUUUGAUUUAAAUCGAACUUUUUUUAUUUAAAUCGGAUUUUGGAAAUUAAAUGCUUUUGGGGGCAGAAUUUUUCUAUAGUUUUCUGUUUAGGUUACAUUAUACUUAGGUUACAUUGUUUUCUGCUGCUCCAGAGAAGCGGACACGGAGCAAUGGAUUCAAACUACAAGAAAGAAGCUUCCACCUCAACAUUAGGAAAACACUGGUAUGGGACAAGUAGGCUUGUAAUGGACAAGUUUGAGGCUUGACAGACAUAUGUCAAGAAUGCUUUGAUGGUGUUUCCUGCUUGGCAGGGGGUUGGACUGGAUGGCCCUUGGGGUCUCUUCCAACUCUAUGAUUCUAUGAUUCUACGCCAAAGAGACUAUAAUUGGAGGGCCAAAGUUGAGGAAGCCUGGUCCAAAGGCUAUUCAUCAGGAAAUAAUUCAUCUCCAAAAAAGAAAACAAUGCCCGACCUGAAAAGAAAAAUAUGGAGCAGAUGAUUCAGCAGGGGAAACACAGCCCCGAACAAGUAAGGAGGUAGCACAAGAAUACUUGGCUAGUUUAGAUGUAUUCAAGUCUCCAGGGCCAGAUGAACUACAUCUAAGAGUAUUAAAAGAACUGGCAGAGGUGAUUUCAGAACCACUGGCAGUAAUCUUUGAGAAUUCCUGGAGAACAGGCGAAGUCCCCGCAGACUGGAGGGGGGCAAAUGUGGUCCCUAUUUUCAAAAAGGGGGAAAGAGAGGACCCAAACAAUUACCGCCCAGUCAGCCUGACAUCAAAGAUUCUAGAGCAGAUCAUUAAGCAAACGGUCUGUGAGCACCUAGAAAGGAACGUUGUGAACACUAAAAGUCAGCAUGGGUUUCUGAAAAAUAAGUCAUGUCAGACUAAUCUGAUCUCAUUUUUUGACAGAAUUACAAGCCUGGUAGAUGAAGGGAACGCUGUGGAUAUAGCCUUGGUUUCAGCAAGGCCUUUGACAAGGUGCCCCAUGAUAUUCUUGUAAAGAAGCUGGUCAAAUGCGGGCUAGACAAUGCUACCAUUCAGUGGAUUUGGAACUGGCUUACUGACCGAACCCAAAGGGUGCUCAUCAAUGGCUCCUCCUCAUCCUGGAGAGUAGUGACUAGUGGGGUGCCACAGGGUUCUGUCUUGGGCCCAGUCUUAUUCAACAUCUUCAUCAAUGACUUGGAUGAUGGGCUUGAGGGCAUCCUGAGCAAGUUUGCAGGUGACACCAAAUUGGGAGGGGUAGCUAAUACCUCAGAGGACAGGAUCACACUUCAAAAUGACCUUAACAGAUUAGAGAACUUGGCCAAAGCAAACAAGAUGAAUUUUAACAGGGAGAAAUGUAGAUUACAGUCAUACCUCGGUUUAAGUACGCCUCGGUUUGAGUACUUUCAGUUGAAGUACUCCGCGGACCUGUCUGGAACGGAUUAAUCCACUUUCCAUUACUUUCAAUGGGAAAGAUCGCUUCAAGUUAAGUACGCUUCAGGUUAAGUACGGACUUCCAGAACCAAUUACAUUCAUACUUCGGGUUAAGUACGCUUCAGGUUGAGUACUCCGCAUAGCUGCCAAGUUAUCCCUUUUUUAAAGGGAUUUUCCAUUAUGCUGAAUAGGCUUCCUCGCGAGAAAAGGGAAAACCUGGCAGCUAUGGUACUCCGUGGACCCGUCUCGAACGGAUUAAUCCACUUUCCAUUACUUUCAAUGGGAACGUUUGCUUCAGGUUAAGUAUGCUUCAGUUUAAGUACUCUGCGGACCACCUGGAACGGAUUAAUCCACUUUCCAUGGGAAAGUUUGCUUCAGGUUAAGUACGCUUCAGGUUAAGUACAGACUUCCGGAAUCAAUUGUGUAUUUAAACUGAGGUACCACUGUAAUACACUUGGGCAAAAAAAAAAAAAGGAUCUAGGAGUCUUGUAUCUUCCGUGUUUCUCAUAAUAUAAGACGUGCCUUCAAAAUAAGACAUGGCAGGCUUUUCACGAGUUGAUUAAAUAUAAGACAUACCCCCAAAAUAAGCCGUAGUGGGGGAGCAGGUCUGGCAAGGAAGGCAUUUAAGGGCCUUCGGAAGAGCCGGCAAGAGGCAACAGCGCGCUUGCUGGCGACCUUCUUCUUUUCAUGCCACUCGCAGUGGCCGUCUCCACCGCCGCCGCCGUGCUUUGGGGCUUGGCGCGUGCCCACAGCCACCUCCGCAGCCCCUGGGAUUACCGUCGCUGCAGCCGCGCUCCUGGGCGCUCUCGGCACUUCCCCCGCGGCCGCCUCACUGUGUUUUGCGGGGGUGGGAGCCGCUUCGGGGAGCACAGCGCAGCGUGAAGAACCUGGUGAGAGGCAGCUGCGGCUGCAGGUGAAGCCCGGGAUCUGCGUGGGUGACUGGGGGCGAGCGCCCUGAGCGCUGCAGCGGUGGCGAAGAGGCGCCCGAUCAGCUGAGAGGCCUCUUGCCGGUCCCUCCGCCGCUUCUCUCACAGCCGCCUCCGCGGCUGCUUCCUGCUCCGCCGACGCAUUUGGAUCCUUGGAUCACGGCGUUUCUUCUGCUCCCCAGUAGCACGCAAAUGGGAGGGCCGGAACCCCGCUGAGCUUCGCAGCUCCGCAGUAUUAUUAUUGUGCUUUGUUACAAGGGCAGCCUUGCCAUUUUUAUUUUCUGCUCCCUGGCUCUCAACGGGUCCCGCGCGGUGCGCUGCUGCCGACUCUCAACGGGUCGGGGGUCGGUGCAGCAUGCUGUUGCCAGCUCCCGCUCGAAAAAAUAAGAAAUCCCCCGAAAAUAAGCCGUGGUGUGUUUUUUUGGAGGAAAAAUAAAUAUCAGACGUGUCUUAUUUUAGGAGAAACAUGGUAGAAGUCAUGUCAAACUGGACAUGAGUCAACAGUGUGAUGCAGCAGCUCAAAAAGCCAAUGCAAUUCUGGGCUGCAUCAAUAGGAGUAUAGCAUCUAGAUCAAGGGAAGUAAUAGGACCACUGUAUUCCGCUCUGGUCAGACCUCACCUGGAGUCCUGUGUCCAGUUCUGGGCACCACAGUUCAAGAAGGAUACUGACAAGCUGGAACGUGUCCGGAAGAGGGCAACGAAAAUGGUCAAAGGCCUGGAAACGAUGCCUUAUGAGGAACGGCUUAGGGAGCUGGGUAUGUUUAGCCUGGAGAAGAGAAGGUUCAGGGGUGAUAUUAUAGCCAUGUUCAAAUAUAUCAAAGGAUGUCAUAUAGAGCAGCGUUUCUCAACUGGUGUUCCGCGGCACAGUACUGUGCCACGAGACACCGGCUUGUGUGUCGCGACGUGCGGCGAGGAAAAGGGCGCUUUGCAUUGCUGACGGACUUCCGGCGAGGCAAGAUGGCGCACGGCACGGCAGCGCGAAGCUCCUGAGAGCGACCAGCAUGCCCGUGCCGCCAGCCUAGCCUCCAGACCGCCGGAACUGCCGCCGCCGGUACGCGGGCGCCAAGUGAGCCCGGCGGAUUGACCGGGGAGCCGCUGGAGCCCCCCCCCCCCCCGCGACCCCACCGGAGCGACACCGAAAACGCCCGGCUGGAGGAUUGACGGACCCCUGGGGUCCGCGGCAGCCGCGUGGGCGUCGGAAUCGCCCGGCGGAUCAAGCGGGGAGCCGCUAAAGCCCCCCAGCGAGCCCGCCUGCGGCCGGGAAGAGCUCCGAAGCCCGGGACCUCCCACCACGCGACGGCCCUGCCUCGUCGCCGCAGCCGUCGCCACCCCAGCCGCCCCAGGAGAAGAGGAAAAGGAGGGAGGCCCCCCCAGGUGAGGGAAAAAGGGAAAGAUAGGGAGGAGAGGGCCCCUCGCCCCCCCCCAACCCAGGUGAUUCUAAUAGCAUCUUGCGGACCCCUCUGGCAUAGCUCGCGGACCCCUGGGGGUCCACGGACCACCUGUUGGGAACCACUGGCUUAGGGAGCUGGGUAUGUUUAGCCUGGAGAAGAGAAGGUUAAGGGGUGAUAUGAUAGCCAUGUUCAAAUAUAUGAAAGGAUGUCAUAUGGAGGAGGGAGAAAGAUUGUUUUCUGCUGCUCCAGAGAAGCGGACACGGAGCAAUGGAUUCAAACUUCAAGA